AUUUGUAGAAGGACAAGACCGAGGACAGCUGGACGUGAUUCUUCGGAAUUCCCUGCUCUCCUGAUCUGUCGGACUGAGAGCCGGACAGUAACGGAGUGGGACGUCAGGGAAUUCUGGGGGGAAAUCCAGUCCAAGUGUGACUCAGGGGAUCUGUUUUUGGAAGACCCCCUCGUCGGAUGGACUGACAGCCUUCUGCGGCUCGGAAAGAACAGAGUCGGGUUCCCGAGCUCGAUCCAGGGCUCUGUCCCCUGGUGGAGGGGGUACACAGGAGUACAGAGGGUCAGCGCGUUGGCCGUCAAACCCAUAGCCGGCAUCCCUCCGGUGACCAUGUACCCGCAGGGUAGACACCCGGUACCUCUGCAGCCGGGACAGUCAUUCAAGUUCACAGUGCUGGAGACUCUGGACCGCAUUAAAGAGGAGUUCCAGUUCCUCCAGGCUCAGUACCACAGUCUCAAAAUAGAGUGUGAGAAGUUGGCCAGCGAGAAGACAGAGAUGCAGCGCCACUAUAUCAUGUACUACGAGAUGUCCUACGGGCUUAACAUCGAGAUGCACAAACAGGCGGAGAUCGUGAAGCGACUCAGUGCUAUCUGUGCUCAAAUCAUCCCUUUCCUCUCUCAGGAGCAUCAACAGCAGGUUGUUCAGGCGGUGGAACGAGCCAAACAGGUCACCAUGGCAGAGCUCAACGCCAUCAUAGGGCAGCAGCAGCUCCAGCACCUGUCUCACCACACUCCAGGUAUUCCUCUCACUCCUCACCCUUCAGGUCUGUCUCUGGGCGGCACAUCGGGGCUGCUGGCCCUCACCGGGGCUCUGGGAGUCUCCGCCCACCUGGCCAACAAGGACGAACGCAACCAUCUAGACCCCGAGCACCUGCGAGAGGGUGCACCCAGCAGGAGUAAAUCAGUGUCGUCAACUGACAGUCAAGCAGCGGAGGACCGUCAGGGUCCAUCAGGGGUUUAUCCCUCACAGGCCAGCAGCGAUGCCAAACGGAGACGAUGUGAUGAAAAAGACGUCCUCCCGUCUCACUACGACAGUGACGGAGACAAGAGCGAGGACAAUCUUGUAGUUGAUGUCUCAAAUGAGGAUCCAUCCUCUCCUGUAGGCAGUGGCCCUCUGUCUCCACGUGGGAAUGGUUUGGAUCGAGCCCCGACCCUGAGGAAAGAGCUCCCAGGAUCCCCUAGCCCCCCUCCGGCCUCCCCCCCACACAGCCCACCCCCUGGCAAAAAUAAGGACACGGCACAAACAGACAAAUCUCAGUCGCCCUCCUCUAAAUCAGGCAAUUCCUCUCCCUCUCAUCAUGACCCCCUCACCCCUGGUCCACCGGGGCCCAGCACUUCCUGUUUACGCCUGGUCAACAAACCUUCCUCCUCGGCAGACCCUCUGGCUCUGCGGAGUCCCUUGUCCAUGACGCCCGGUUCUUACCCGGCUCACUUUGGGGUGGUGUCCCACGCUGGGCUUAACGGAGAGCUGGCCAGCCCGGGCGGCUACGGAGGCUCGCUCACCCUCUCGCCCCAAAUCAGUGCUGCAGCCAGUGCCUACACACGCAGCCCUAUGGUAGCGUAUGAAUCUCGUUCACAUCUUAGGCCCUCAGGGCUGUCCUCCUCUCUGCCUGGCUCCUCUGGUGGCAAGCCUGCUUACUCGUUCCACGUGAGCGCAGAUGGUCAAAUGCAGCCGGUGCCCUUCCCUCCUGACGCCCUCCUGGGGCCUGGCAUCCCACGUCACGCCCGUCAGAUCCACACCCUCAGUCACGGAGAGGUGGUGUGUGCGGUGACCAUCAGCACCUCCACGCGUCACGUCUACACCGGCGGGAAAGGCUGCGUCAAAGUGUGGGACAUCAGCCAACCGGGCAGCAAGAGUCCAAUGGCCCAACUGGACUGUUUGAAUCGAGACAACUACAUCAGAUCAUGUAAGAUUCUUCCAGAUGGGCGGACUCUGAUAGUCGGGGGCGAGGCCAGCACGCUGUCAAUCUGGGACUUGGCCACGCCCACUCCGCGCAUCAAAGCCGAAUUGACGUCCUCGGCUCCGGCCUGCUACGCUCUGGCCAUCAGUCCCGACAACAAGGUCUGCUUCUCCUGCUGCAGCGACGGAAACAUCGUGGUCUGGGACCUGCACAACCAGACGCUCGUCAGGCAGUUCCAAGGUCACACAGAUGGAGCCAGUUGUAUCGAUAUUUCCAACGACGGGACCAAACUGUGGACAGGGGGUCUGGACAACACCGUGCGCUGCUGGGACCUGAGAGAGGGUCGACAGCUGCAGCAGCAUGACUUCACCUCACAGAUCUUUUCUCUGGGUUACUGUCCUACGGGCGAGUGGCUUGCAGUGGGGAUGGAGAGCAGUAAUGUAGAAGUGCUGCACGUCUCCAAACCAGACAAAUACCAGCUGCACCUUCACGAAAGCUGCGUUCUCUCGCUCAAGUUUGCCUACUGCGGGAAGUGGUUUGUAAGCACAGGAAAGGACAAUCUGCUUAAUGCAUGGAGGACGCCGUAUGGAGCCAGUAUUUUCCAGUCAAAGGAGUCCUCAUCCGUCCUGAGCUGUGACGUGUCCCCAGACGACAAAUAUAUUGUAACUGGUUCUGGGGAUAAGAAAGCCACGGUGUACGAGGUGGUGUAUUGAACACAAAGAUGGACAGAUGGAUGGAUGAACAUACAGCGCCAAGUAUGAAACAACCAUGGAUGGUAUGGCGGGCAGCCAUAGCUCUUCUAUUUGCAGUCCCUUCACAAACCAUUUGAGAAAUAGAAAGUUUUGUUCAGAAUGGCAUACUACCAUACUAUUCAUACUAUUUAUGUUAUAGGUAUACUGUGCACAGUACUGAUUACAUGUAAUCUGGAUUACUUAAUCAGAUUCCAAAAAAUGAAUUACUCAUAAUUUGAUUAAAUUAUAUUUUAAAAUGCUCACAAAAUCAGAUUAGAGUUACUUUAAAGAUUACUUGAUUACAUAUUAUGCAUGCAAUGGCAGCAAAUUGUACAAAAACAUUUUUUUUAAGUUUCAUAAAAAGUAGUCAUAAUAUAUUAACUAAAAUAAGUAACCUAGAUUACACUCCUAACUACAAUUUUCAUCAUAAUCUGUAAUCAGUAAUUUGUCUGCAAUUUGUAAGUAAUCUACCCAGCACUGCAUGCUUCUUUUUACCAAAUUUUAUCGCAAGUAAUACAUUUUUUUUCUUUUAAAUUAUCACAAUACAGAAAAAAAAUACUAGUUGCUGCUUCUGUAACUUCAUGACUUUAACACUAAUGGAAGAUUAAUUAGCAAGACAUUUUUUGUAACAUUAUUGGACAACA